AAAAGAGGAAGAAGUUAUGGUGAUGAAUACGUUGUCAAAAACACAAGCAAGUCGUCUUGGUCUAUGACCUGGAAUUGGUGCCUUGCGUACGAAAGAGAGAAUAUGAAUUACUCGAUCUCUCCGCGGAAACUGUCACAUCACCUGCAGCGGGCUGUGUAACUUGUACCAAAAAUUGGUUUGUAUCGGAGACGUAUUGUGUUGAUAUAUAUAUAUAUAUAUAUAUAUAUAUACUAAGUUGAGGCUGAAAGAAAUGGUGAAGUUUUGCAGUUUCAUGAAUGUAUGAAUGGGAGCAUGCAAUCUAUACAACCUGCAUGCUCCCAGCGACACGGAGAUUCUAUUGGGCCUAGACACAGACCCUCCAUUACCCUGGAUUACCCUCGACAGAAAAACAUUGCCUACCUGCCUACAAGCUUCUCGCUCUCUUCUUUCCUUUUCAUUUCGGACUCGGCACGCAGGGCCGACCCAUGAGUUCCAGGUUCAGCUCCUGCUAUCAACCCAUGACGAUUCGCAGCACAAGUGACAAUGUGGCAGGCAGCAGUCCAGCACCUGCCUGUGCUGGACUGCUAUUUGAGCAAUCGUGGACGACGAUUGCUGUUCCUGUCACUCCUCGCAACGGUGCACAGGGCGGAUCAUCGCUUGAUGCUCACUCGCCAAGCACGUGCAAUGGCGACUGUUAUAUUAUUCAACAUAUACGCGCGGCAUCCCUCCUUCCCUCUCCUACGACCCCUCUACCCUCUCCAACCUUUAUGAGUUUAUCAAUUCACUCAAGCUGUGACAAUUUGGUACUUUUGUAUCAAAAAUUGUUAGCAGUUGCAUGGUCUCUCGUUAGCAACUCUUGGAAUUCUUGUGGCCAUGGUUUUAUUAUUUCAUUAAGUUUGCAUCGUAGCAGUUGUGCAUUCGUUCUACUUCUUGUGAUAUUUGUUUCACAGUUACGGGAAUAUCUAUUUAAUAGUAUUCAAGUUGAUUUGUAGGGAUUAUAGUUCUCUUUACUCAGGAAAGUUUUGAUUAUAGCGGGAUGUCUGGAAGCUGAUGCUGGUGAAACAUUGUUUUGCAAGUCAAUAUGCCAAAGUGCAAUGUACACGAAUUGUUUCAGCGAUUGACACCUCCGUAUUUUCAGCGAUUGAAAAUACGGAGGAGUCAUAUAAAUUCCGCCUUUGGAUGAAUGCUUGUAUUUAGUUCAAUGGGUUCCUCUGCUGUUCUUCAACAUGAUAGCUUUUUAAAGGAUGCGUCGAAAGGUAGCUGAAUAGGAAAACUUGGAAAGUAAAGAUCUUGUAUUUAGAGUUAACUCUUCUUCUAAUACUGCUUAUCGACUUCAUUACAUCCAUAUAAAGUUUGGCAAAACUUACAAAGACAUUGAUGAACAAUUUGGAUUGAUGUCACAGGUGGGGUUUUCGUCAGUGGAAGCAGGACCGUUCGGCUGAAACAUACUCGCAGCAUUAUGGUGAAAAAUGUUCUGGAUACUUCUUACUGUAUAAUAGCCUUUGGGAUCUUCGGCUAUGAAUUUGGAUUUGGCUAUGGCUCAUUGGCUGUAGGUUCGAAAGUGGCAAAGAAGACUUCUUCGGGUUGCGAGGUAGUGAUCCCUCCCAGUUGAAUCGGGUUGAUAAUAUUUCAAAGCUGAUGAGAGAAUAUGCCAGUAGGUAAAUAAUCUCACUAUCUUCCAAUUCUCAUAUCUGGUUCACUUGAGUCCGCAAUCAUCACGAUUAGUGUUAGAAACAGAUGGGCAAGAUAGCAUGUAUUAAAAUAUGAAUGUAUAAUAAAACACAGAUGCGAGAUGUAGAUGGAAUAGGAUAUUUCGAUUGUGCUUGGAUGAGACUAGCAAAUAACAACUUCUUUUACAAGUCAAAGAGCUUAUUAACUUGACGCGCGCAGAAAACUGUGUAAUCUAUUUAUUUAGAAUGUUCGCCGAUAGAUCAGAAACCACGGAACCGGCAUCCUACUGCCUGGAAAAUGCCGGAUGAGAGUUUGGAUCACAAUAGAAGAACAUGGCAAACGAGCUUCCGAUGAUCAAGACUCAGGAGAAGAAAUUUUCUUCAAUUUACUUCUUAUUUAUCAAAGGCACAUCCUAGAGUAGUUUAGCGAAAAAUUUGCUUAACAAAAAUCUUUAACAACGCUAAAAGCAAUGGUAAUCCGGAAAUUUCAGAGCGGACUCAUAUUAUGGUGAAGGAGUUUUUUGUACAUGCAAAAUCAUACAAUAAUUUCUGCAUGUAUGAUCGAUGCGA